AUGGCCGGAUGCCGCGGGCCGUGCCCGCCGCCGCUGCGGUGGCUGCUGCUGCUGAGCGCGCUGCUGGGAGCCGCCGUGGCCGCAGAGAGAAAUGUAACCGGCAAAUCAAAAGGAAGAAGUUUCAUUGGCCACGUAGUUCCAAAUAUAAGUAAUGGCUCUGAAAAGACAUACGAAGUGGAUGACUUUGUAGCAAAAGUCCUUACAGGAAAGCUGACUACGGUUUUUCUUCCCAUAGUCUAUAUCAUUGUCUUUGUCGUCGGUUUGCCGAGCAAUGCCUUGGCACUCUGGGUCUUUUUCUUCAGGACAAAGAAGAAACAUCCUGCUGUGAUUUAUAUGGCCAAUCUGGCCCUGGCAGACCUUCUUUUUGUUGUCUGGUUCCCACUGAAGAUUGCAUAUCACGUAAAUGGCAAUAAUUGGCUAUAUGGAGAAGGUCUUUGCAAAGUCCUUGUUGCAUUUUUCUAUGGAAAUAUGUACUGCUCCAUCCUUUUUAUGACGUGCCUCAGUGUGCAACGGUAUUGGGUUGUGGUAAACCCCAUAGUGCAUUCAAGAAAGAAAUCUGAAAUUGCAUUGGGCAUCUCCCUUGCUAUCUGGAUCAUAAUUGCAUUGGGCACCAUUCCAUUAUAUCUUGUUAAUCAGACUACUUAUAUUUCACAGCUGAACAUCACCACCUGCCAUGAUGUAUUGCCUGAAAAUGUUCUGGCUCGUGACCUGUUCAAUUACUUCCUCUCACUUGCAAUUGGACUCUUCUUAUUCCCAGCUAUCCUCACUGCUGUAGCUUACAUAUUAAUGAUAAAGACUCUGAAUGCUUCCAUUUCAGACAUAAACACUGGAAAGAAACGAAAAAGAGCAAUCAAGCUUAUUAUUACUGUCCUGUCCAUGUAUCUCAUCUGUUUUACACCUAGCAAUGUGCUGCUUGUUGUUCACUACUCGCUCCUGAAAACCAAUGGCCAGAGCUAUUUGUAUCUGUCAUACAUAACUGCGCUGUGCCUCUCUACACUGAACAGCUGUAUCGAUCCAUUUAUCUAUUACUAUAUUUCAAAAGACUUCAGAGAUAACUUUAAAAACGCUCUUCUUUGCCGAAGUGUGCGAGCAACAAGGAGGAUGCAAGUGUCUCUCUCAUCGGGUAGAUAUCCCAAGAAAUCCGGUUCUUAUUCCUCAAACUCAAACGGAACAACCAAAUCAACCUACUGAGCUGGGAGAGAAGUGAACCUUCAUUAGUACUUCUUAGAGGAUGUAAGUGGCAAAGUUAUUUUGUGCAAGAGUCUGAAGAAACAGCUUUGCUUCUUGAUUCCCAGUGAAGUCCUAAUUUCAGAACUGGUAACCACUUACUCUGUAGGCAGGUGGAUCUUCCUACUAGACUGAAAAGAAAUCUUGACAUUUCCAAUGCUCUGUGAAAGUGCUGCUGGCCUUAAAACGAGCUGUGUUUGAAGCCAUCUUCCUUCAAUUUUGAAGGUGUUAAGAUGCAGAACAUCUCCAGAAUAUAGCACACUCUUGCUAGUAUAUUUAACAGAGAAAUUCUGUUCUGUUUGACUUUAAUUGUGACAUAUUAAGCAGUUGAGUGGAUUGUUCAUAUAGGAUCUUGCCCUGUGUACCCGUUUCCACUGAACGUUAUUUGAAAGCAUAGAUCCUCCUUUCCUUCUCCCCAUUUCACCUUCUCAUUGUCGGUCCAGCAGUGUGACUGCUUAUUAUCCAUAGUAUAAUCU